AUGAGGAAUUCCAGUAGCUCUUUCUGGUUCUUACCUACCACAUUCAUUUUGGUUGGCAUCCCAGGGCUGGAGGCUGAGCACAUCUGGAUAUCCAUCCCCGUCUGCCUGAUGUACAUCAUCAUCUUCCUUGGGAAUGGUACCAUUCUUCACAUAAUCAGAACAGAUACUACCUUGCAUCAGCCCAUGUAUCUCUUUCUUGCCAUGUUGGCACUGGCUGAGGUUAGUGUCUCUGUGUCUACCUUGCCUACAAUGCUGGGCAUAUUCCUUUUUGGAACUACUGAGAUUAGUUUUGAAGCAUGCGUCCUCCAGAUGUUCUUCAUCCAUUCAUUCUCCAUUAUGGAGUCAGCCGUGUUGCUGGCCAUGUCUGUGGACCGCUUUGUGGCCAUCUACAGCCCACUGCGCUAUACAGCCAUCCUGACACUGCCCCGCAUCUUUGGCACAGGAACUAUCAUUGGGUUAAAAAGCAUUAUGCUCAUGGCCCCAUUGCCCAUUCUCUUAUGGCACCUGCCCUUCUGUGGCCAUAAUGCCCUCUCCCAUUCCUAUUGUCUUCACCCUAAUCUCAUACGUCUACCUUGUGGGGACAUUUCUACCAACAAUAUAUAUGGGCUUUUCAUUGUUACCUUCACUUUUGGGCUAGAUUCAUUGCUCAUUUUGGUCUCCUAUGGGCUCAUACUCCAUACUGUACUGCGGAUCACCACUGGAGAAGGGCGAAGGAAGGCUCUCAGCACAUGUGGUUCACAUGUCUGAGCUGUGCUUGCUUAUUAUGUGCCUAUGAUUGGCUUGUCUAUGGUGCAUCGCUUUGGAUACCAUGUGCUCCCUCUGCUGCAAGCCAUGAUGGCCAAUGCUUACCUCUUCCUCCCACCUGUUGUUAACCCCAUUGUCUAUAGCAUCAAGACCAAGGAGAUCCGUCGUGGCAUUGUGCGAAUGCUGUCAGAGAAAAGACCGAGAGUUUAA